UAGUAGUGUCCCAGAUUGCGCCUUCAGACAUGCCACCCAUUCCAACAACGCUAGAUGCUGAAACACACUCUCUAAUUGAUUCCAUCGAACGACACCAUAAUGACCUUUCAACUUUUCAGAUUCCUCGUCUGAGAGCUUGCACCGGUCCUUUGACCACGCAACAAGCAUGGGCUGCGGAGGUGAGGGAGGACAUUGAAGGUCUGGCAAGGCAGAUCGAGGAGCUGGAUGUCCUUGUUGAUGACCACAGGACUGAAGAGACGAGAAGAGAGUUGAGGAGAAGAGCUGAAGUCUUUCGUGAUUCAUUAGUCAAUCUACGCAAAGACUCUCGAGCAGCAUUGUUAGCGUCGAAACAUGCAAUUGACUCCCAAAAUCGGUCGCAGCGAGAGGAGUUGUUGAGGUCUCCUGCCAUUCGAGAGAAAAGUACAAGUUCCUCGGGCGAGAAAGUCACCGAAGACGCACUCGUGAAAGCCAAUCAUAAUGUCACAGAAGCACUGCAACGAACAACUGGACUUCUGCAGAAAGAACUCGAGCGCAGUGUCUCGUUAAGCCAAGUCCUAGAAUCAUCUACUGCAACUGUCCAAUCCGCGUCCACGACGCACGACACGUUCAAUCUCGUCCUCGGCACCUCCAAACAACUUAUUACCGCACUCGAAAAGACAGACUGGCUCGACCGCGUCCUUAUUAUUUCUGGCCUCGUGUUUUUCGGCCUCGUGGUCCUUUUCAUCCUGACGCAGCGCAUCAUCGGCCGCGGGCUACGCAUCGCCUUUUUCUGGACGAGGUUAUUGCCAAGCUCUGGCUCGAGUACACGCGCGGUGGUGCAAAAGGCUGGGGAGGUUGUAACGACUGCGUCGGCUGUGCUGGCGUCGUCGAUAGGUGGUCAGGAUGGCGGAGUCGGUCAGUUGAUAGAAUCCAGCAUGGAUGUGUUUAAUUCCCCUAGUUUCACAAUAUCGGCUACGGAGCCAUGGACUACUGAACAGCAUGGCGGCUCAGGACACGCACAUGUUGAAUUAUGAUAAUUUUGAUAAUUCCGUCGAUAGACUCACAGGACAUGCACGGACUUAAGUAUAGAA